AUGGGAGGUUUUGUGAGCACCGUGUCCGUUUACGUACCGACCCCUUCUGGUAUAGUUCUCCCCACCAACCAUUUCACCCCCUUCCGCUUCUGCCAACUAGGCGACAUCCAACUAGGAUUCGGCGAAGAUGGCUGGCGCAAUGAUGUGCACAGAAUGCAAGUCGCCGCGCAGCAAGUCAAUUCCGAGAAUUUCGACUUCUGCAUCGCCGUCGGCGACCUAACACACAACCGACACCCGCACGAGAUCACCGCCUUCCAACAAACCUACAGCAACUUCACAGUCCCAGUCCACCUCCUUCCGGGAAACCAUGACAUAAACAGCCUCUCCACCCUAACCCAAUUCACCCACGACUUCAACACCACCGACCACAGCACCUUCGCCCACAACGGCUACCGCUUCAUCCUCCUCAACUCCAUCACAAUGAUCACCGACAAGCCUGAAUUUAAAAACCACACAAGCAACGAAUGGACCUGGUUCGAGCACCAGCUCAAAACCGCCGCGUGCGCAGGCGAGCGCAUCGUCGUCGCGCACCACCAUCUCCCCUUCGAGAGAGCCGAGGACGAGCCGGACUCGAACUGGACUUUUCCGAAGCGCGUGCGCGCCAAGUAUCUGAAGCUGAUUCGGGAGUAUGCUGUCCGGCAUAUUCUUGUUGGGCAUCGGCAUGAGACGAAGAAUAUUUAUCCCGGAGAUCGAUUUUAUACGAUCUAUGUGGUUGCGGGGACGGCGAGGGUCUUUGAUGGGAAUGGGUUUGGGAUUAAUUAUUUUAAUGUGUCGUCGAAGGAUUCGGCCCGGCAUGUCUUGCAGGAGUAUGUGCACCUUAAAGGUGUUACGCAUAUGAAGAGGUCGGUUGGGGAGCCGACGGGUUGUCCAGAGAUUUUUCAGCAUCAGGAAUGAGGUAUUUCGGUCUUGGGAGGUGCGGUUAUGAUGGUAUUUUCCGCUGGGCUGGCGUGUUGGGUAAUGUUAGUGCUUAUGAGUUCAACAAUAUAUGCAAUGCAGAUACGAGUUAGAGAUGCUUAAAGAAGAUAUGACUCUUUCAGCAAAAACGCGAUAUUGCUUGAUCUCAUGAGGGGAACUGUUCUACUAGUUAGUUUGACUGCUCGUAUAAGGAUUCUUAUAGCCACCGAUCUCAGCAUCGGGCUGCUGUCGACAAUACUAUAUGGCAAUGGAAUUCCUGUUGAGCUGGUCCCCAGGCAGGCAGCAUCGGUGUCAACAGGCAUGAUCAUGACUUGGCGCGUUUGAUAUGUUUGCCACUUUAUCUGACAAGCUUCGCAAAGUCUAACGUUAGUUCUUCGACGCCAUCAUCAUUUAGCGAUAUCGCUAGGGCUAGCUACCCCAACGGCAGCACGUGGUCCAUCGAUCGUCACGAUGCAAGCGAGUGGCUCUUAUAGUAUUCUUUGUCCCACCAGGUAUCCAUUUCCGAGAUGUAAACGAAGAUAUAGAUCUAAAGAGUAAAUUCGCUGCGC